AUGUCGAACAUUAUUAGUGAUUAUGAAAAGUCCAAACAACUGGGUCGCCCUGCCACCUUUAAGUAUGCUAAUAUUAUCAAAGAAAAUAGUGAUGGUGUCAAUCAACUUAUUCGUCAAUUACAAAAAUCAACGGCUUAUGAUGAUAUGCAAAUGCUACUAUUUUUAUUGUUUAUUACAAAGAAUCAAUCCUUUCUACAAACAAUAUUAAAUGAUGAUAGUUACCCAGUAGGUAUUCGAUCAUGUGCUGUAAAAGGAUUUCUAAAAUUAGAAACAAAUGAACAGCAAACACAAAUAUUUAUAAUUAAUAUGGUGAAUAAUGAAAAUAUACCAAGAUUGUAA